AUAUAAACUUUAUUUUUCUUGAUUAAAGGGCAUUGAAUAAGUUCCAAGAGCCAGAUUCCGAUUGCAUAUUGACAAACUUCUUCCAAGAGCCAGGGUCCGAUUGCCCAAGAGCCAGAGUCCGAUUGCCCGAAAUGUAUCGGCUCUGAUCCCAGCGGUCAAUCUUUGAAGAAACCCUAAUCCUUAGCUGCUCCUUUAGUCGCUCGAAGCAAUAGAAGAUAGCUUCGCAUCAGCGAGUUGUAGGGCACUUAUCUCAAUGAUAAAGAUAAAGCUCGAGUUAAUCUCUUCCCUAGCUGCGAAUAGCCUUCAUCUUUAAACGAAGGAAAAAGUUUAUACAGAGUCUGAAUCUCUCUUUUAGAUUGAGCCAAAUAGCCUGCAAUUUUAGAAGAAACCCUAACUUUAUAUCUUCAUCUUUGAGGUUUCUUUUAAGAAACCUAAAGGGUUUAAGAAACCCUAGUCUUUUAGGGUUUAAGAAACCCUAGAUUGAUCACUUGCUUCUGGAAUCUAGGUUUUCAUAGAGCAAUUUCUCUUAAGCCCUUAAUCGAAGCGUAGAUACUUGCAGGAAUCCUUUGAUUGAUUUGGGUUCCCUCCAAAUCAGUUAAUAUCAUUUAAUUGGUUGUGGUCAAGGUUGGGAGCUAGGAAUUGGCAGAGGAGAAAUGGAAAGAGAAGUAAUAUUUAAGGAUGUAAGGAGAUAUUACUGUGAUAUUUGUGGAAUUUGCAGGUCUAAGAAGCCUCUGAUAAGAUCUCAUAUGCUCUCUGAACACAAGGAUGAAGUUAAUGAGGUCGAAAAAGAUGAAGAGGAGAUCUUGGAAAAUAAGAGACUGAAGCUGGCAUGCGAGGAUUGUGGUGCCUGUUUUCGAAAGCCAGCUUAUCUUAAACAGCAUAAGCAGGGCCAUUCAUUAGAGAGACCAUUUACUUGCCCUGUAGAUGGUUGCCAUAGCAGUUAUAGGAGGAAAGAUCACUUGACCCGACAUCUUCUUAAGCACGAGGGCAAAUUUUUUGAGUGUCCUGUGGAUAACUGUAAUCACAAAUUCACUUACCAGGGCAACGUAAAACGCCAUAUAGAAGAACAUCACAGCAAAGAGUCUCCAUCAUGUAGUGGACAGGAUCCUCUGCCACAUGUAUGUCAAGAACCUGAAUGUGGGAAGGCAUUCAAAUAUGAGUCAAAGCUUAGAAAGCAUGAAGAAUCACAUGUCAAGCUUGAUUCAGUGGAGGUAAUUUGUUGUGAUCCAGAGUGCAUGAAGCACUUCACUAACAUUGAAGCUCUCAGGGAGCAUCUGAAGUCUAACCACCGAUACGUGCUAUGUGAAGUAUGUGGGAGCCGACAGCUGAAGAAGAACAUGAAGAGGCACCUUCGUACCCAUGAUAAUAAAGUCUCCAUUGAACGAAUCAAGUGCCCUGUCCGGGGAUGCUGUCAUAUCUUUACAACCAUAUCGAACUUGAAGAAGCAUGAGAAAGCAGUUCACCUUGAGCUGCGGCCCUUUACCUGUAGAGAACCGCAUUGUGGUCGCAAGUUCCCUUACAAGCAUGUGCGUGAUAAUCAUGAGAAGUCUCAUGUUUAUAUUCAUGAUGACUUUGUGGAGUUGGACGAACAGUUCAGAUCGCGGCCUAAAGGUGGGCGUAAGCCAUUGUUUAGUGGCAUCGAAUCCCUACUGAGAAAAAGGGUGGCUCCACUUAGUCGAGCUUCUAGCCUAGAUAAUGCAUCCGAGUACUUGAGCUCGCUUCUUUCAGAGGAUGGUAGGUAGUGAGUUCACUGAUAACUCAAACUAGAGAGAGGGACCACUACUCUGAGUGGUGUUUAGGGCAUAUUCUUUUAUGCACGCAUUUUCAUGAAGAGUUUUCAGAGGCUAUGCCCUUAUGUAUGCAUUUUCAUGAAGCUUUUGCAGAGGAAUUUCGGCGAGGCAGACUAAAUGUAGUUUUAUGGAGAGUAGAUUUAGAGGGACAGAAUGCACAGGCAUGCCAUAUUCAUUUAUGUGUUUUGAGUAUUAAUGUGAAGUGGUCUCUCUGUCUCUCAAAUACAUCUUGUUCUCCU